UACUUUUUUCCCUCAACAACAUAAGCCUGUUUUCAUACCUAACACACUCAAACUCACAUUUCAGUUCUCUGCUGGAACCUGAGUGUGUAACAGAAAAAACACAAUACAAACAGAACCAGAAAAAAAGCAGAAAAAAUCAGAAGAAAAAAAAAUGAUGAAAUCAGGGUUGGGAAAUGAAGAGAAAAAACAGUUGAAAAAACCAGCACAAGCUAGUUCAAGAAAAGGGUGCAUGCGAGGCAAAGGUGGACCUGAAAACGCAAGCUGCACUUACAAAGGUGUGAGGCAGAGAACUUGGGGCAAAUGGGUGGCUGAAAUCCGCGAACCUAACCGCGGCGCUCGUCUCUGGCUUGGUACUUUUGAAACUUCUCACGAAGCUGCUUUAGCUUAUGAUGCUGCUGCUCGCAAGCUUUAUGGUUCUGAAGCAAAACUCAAUCUUCCAGAUCUUUCUACUCCUUCUGCACCCUCUGCAACAAUAUCACAAACACCUGAAAUGCAACAUCAACAAAUUCAAAUUCAACCCAACCCCAACAACAACAACAGCUUCAAUAUUUCAAAUGUCAAUUCAUGCAACAACAUCAACAUGAGCAACAUGAGCAACAACAUCAACAUGAACAACAACAUUAACAACAUCAACAACACUGUUUUUGUUGGUGACAUUGGACCCAUAUACAACAGUGACAAUUCCAUUCUGCCAUUUCCAAUGGAUGCUACAAACACAAUGGAACAACAACAGGUUGAUCAAAGCUACAAUAAUAAUAAUAUUUCAAAUGAUUCAUUUUUUGGAACAAUGAAUUAUGAAAGUACCAUGCCAGUGAUUGAUGAUGAUUCAAUCUGGAGAGAGGCUGCUAUGUCUUUGGAUGCUGCAAUUUCAAUGGAUUAUCCAAUGAUCAGUGAUCCUGAUGGAUUAUAUAAUUCAGGUGGAAAUUUUAGUGGUUGGGAUUCUUUACAAACACCAUGGUGCAUGUAAAUCAAAUCCAGCCAACAACAACAACAACAAAGAUCAUAAAAUAAUGAUAAUAUAAUGUGUGUAUAUGUAUAUGCAUGCUAUACUAUAUACAUGUGUUAUAUAGUAUAGCUAGGUAUAUAAGGAGUGUAGUAUAGUAUAGUAUGAGUAGCAAAUAUGUUAUGAUAAUAAUAAUAAGUUGACUAAAAGAUCAUGACAUGACAUGGUGAUUUUCUUAAGCACUUUUGUCAUGAAUCUUUGUAGGGUCAAAUGUUGUAUAUAUUAUAUGAUGUUAAAAGAAUGGAUCAUUAUGAAUGAAUAUAAGUUUGAUUAUAUUA